GAGAGACAGAAAGAGGGGAGACAGAGAGAGAAAGAGAUUUUCCAUCCGAAACAGCCAGGCUGGAGCCAAGAGCCUGGAACUCCACCAGGUCUCCCACGCCAGUGGCAGGACCCCAAAUACCUGGGCCUUCUUCCGCUGUUUUCCCAGGCACAUUAACAAGGCAUUGGACUGGGAGCCGGGCAGCUGGGACUUGAACCAGUGCUCCCACACGGGAUGCCGGUGUCAUAAGCGGCCACUUACCACACUGGUGCCACACCACUACCCCUGGUUGGACAGGUUUUAUUUAACCCGGGAAUAGACCAACAAAAGUUAUAUUCUUACAGUGACCACCCAAGAAAAAGAACAAAUCACCCACGAGGGGGGCAGGCAUGUGACACCAGCGUCCCACAUCGGGGUGCGUGGCGCCGCGGCCGGCCCCUUGCAGGGAGGCAGAGUACUUCCUGCCACCCUCGUGGGAGACCUGGAUGGAGCUCCCCGACUCUGGAGUCGUCCGGCCUGGCCCAGCACAGCUCCUGCAGGCCACUGGGGCGCACGCCAGCCCUCAGGGGCUCGCUCUCUGCAGACCGUGUGCGUGGCAUGGUCUUUUACAAGGCGGCCCAGGCCGGCAAGGCUAGCGCCGGCGUGACAGAAGCCCGAGAGGCAGCCGGGGGCAGGUGGUGGCCGGUAUGGCCUGGAUGGGGCCGGAGGGAACGUUCUGGAAGUGCUGGGAAUACCCUGCACCUUGUUCCCGACACGUGGGACGUCCACGGGGAUGCACGCUAAGAUUCGGGCGCUCCCUAAUGACCGGGGACGGCUAUGGCGACGUGUUCCAGGCAGGGUCUCUCUCUCCUGGACCCCAGGUGCCCCUGCCUCGGGUUUGCGGGUUCUCGCGAGCAGUUUCGGUCCAAGGGUUCCCUUCUGCAGAGGCCUGGAGGUGAGUGACGGCACCAGGCCUGCUGGGAACGGCAGCCCCGGCUUGGCUCCCGGGGCUGGCACCGACCGUGUCCUAGCGCGUCCAAGGUGUGGGCUCUGGCCGGGCGCCACCCGCCCGGCCGAGGUGCGGACGUGACUCGGGCUCCCGCGUGGACCGCGGCCCCUCCCGCCGCGCUCCUGCGGAGAGCACCGCCCAGGAGAAGGGCGGCCGCCAAUCAGCAGCAGGCCUGGCCCGGGGUCACGCAAUCAGGGGCCUCCGUCACCUAAGCUGACCACUCGCCUCCAAUGGGCGCGCCGUGUUGAGGCCGCCAAUGAGCAGCGGCCUUGAGUCCUGCGCCGGCCCUCCGGCCCGCGGCGUUUCCGCAGUGAGCGCUCCGCUCCGAAUGCCGGUUGGCGCUCUGCCAGCCAAUCAUCGGUGCGGCCCGGACCCGGCAGCCAAUGGCCGCCCGCCUCUCCGCGCAGGGCCGCGGCGGUUGGUGGGCCGCUCCCUUGGCCCGCGGGAGGCCCCGGCGGAUUGGCGCAGCCGCAGGCCAAUGAGCGGCGCCCGCGAGGCGCCGGGCCAAUGAGCGCGCCGGGGGCGGGGCGGGCGCCGCGGCGGGCGGCUGCGAGGAGCGGCCGGUGACGGCGGCGGCGGCUGCGGCGGCCGGUGGCGGCGGGCGACCAUGGCGGAGGCGGAGGCCGGUGGCGACGACGCCCGGUGCGUGCGGCUGAGCGCCGAGCGGGCCCAGGCGCUGCUCGCCGACGUGGACACGCUGCUGUUCGACUGCGACGGCGUUCUGUGGCGCGGCGAGACGGCCGUGCCCGGCGCGCCCGAGGCCCUGCAGGCGCUGCGGGCCCACGGCAAGCGCCUGGGCUUCAUCACCAACAACAGCAGCAAGACCCGCGCGGCCUACGCCGAGAAGCUGCGGCGCCUGGGCUUCGGCGGCCCGGCGGGGCCCGGCGCCGGCCUGGAGGUCUUCGGCACGGCCUACUGCACCGCGCUCUACCUGCGCCAGCGCCUGGCGGGCGCGCCGGCCCCCAAAGCCUACGUGCUGGGCAGCCCGGCCCUGGCCGCCGAGCUGGAGGCCGUGGGCGUCGCCAGCGUGGGCGUGGGGCCCGAGCCGCUGCAGGGCGACGGCCCCGCCGACUGGCUGUCCGCGCCGCUGGAGCCCGGCGUGCGCGCCGUGGUGGUGGGCUUCGACCCGCACUUCAGCUACAUGAAGCUCACCAAGGCCGUGCGCUACCUGCAGCAGCCCGGCUGCUUGCUCGUGGGCACCAACAUGGACAACCGGCUGCCGCUGGAGAACGGUCUCUUCAUCGCGGGUACCGGCUGCCUGGUCCGAGCCGUGGAGAUGGCCGCGCAGCGCCAGGCCGACGUCAUAGGGAAGCCCAGCCGCUUCAUCUUCGACUGCGUGUCCGAGGAGUACGGCAUCAACCCGGAGCGCACCGUCAUGGUGGGCGACCGCCUGGACACCGACAUCCUGCUGGGCGCCACGUGCGGCCUGAAGACCAUCCUCACCCUCACGGGCGUCUCCACGCUGGGGGACGUGAAGCGGAAUCAGGAAAGUGACUGCGUGUCUAAGAAGAAGAUGGUCCCCGACUUCUACGUGGACAGCAUAGCCGACCUCUUGCCCGCCCUUCAAGGUUAAAGGCUGAGUGUCACUCGUCUGCAGAAUUAAAAAAAAAAAAAAAAAAAAAAAAAGCAGAAAUGGACGUCAGUUAGCAGAUGAGCAGGUGGGGCUCCGCUCCAGCUCGCGGGCGGCUCCGAACCUGGCAGGUGGGCGUCCGGCCGGCAGGCUUGUCUUCCGAGAGCCGCGUGAAGCUUGGCGGGCGUUGCGGGGCCGGGGCUUCUGCAGGCUCAGGUCAGCUCCGCGUUUUACGGAAAACGUCAUUCAGGGAUGAAGACCCCCGUGGAGGACCGCGGGAGGAGGGGCUGGUGGCCGUGACUGUCCAGACUGAACCAGCUGUGCACCUGCAGGGGGGCGUGGGGUGGGAGGGGCGGCCCUCGCGCCCCGCUGCCUUUGUGAAAACCACUUGGAUGUCACAGGUGUCUGUUCCGCUGCGGCUCCCCACACCCAGCCCUCGGCUGCCCGAGUGGUGGACCUGUAGACCCUGCUGAGCCCCGUGGCCGAGGGUGUGGACGCCUCGGGCUGAACCCUGAGCUGUCCCGCCGGGAGCUUGUGCGGAGCUAAAGCUUUUUUUUUUUUUUAACUUUGGAACAAGUUUGUCUUGUGUUGGAAUCGAGUCAAGUGUGUUGAUCAAUAGCUGUGCUCUGUCCCUUAGGGAAGCGCCCACCGAAGAAGUCUCCGUGGCUAAAGGCGUGCGCUGGCCAAGGAAUGCCUGUCACCCAGGGUGCCCUCUCCCCCACUCCUCCCAUUCCCUGGGGUGGGGCGGGGCUUGUGGCCAUGGGGUGGGGGUGAGCAGAGUGGCGGGGCAGGCACGGGCAGAGGCCAGGAAGCCGUUCCUUGUGGUCAGCUCCUUCCCGGUGCCUCGCCCUGCGCCCAGCGGCUUCCACGGCCACAGGUCACGACGUUCCUUCGCUUGUCCGCCAAGUUCUCAGAGCAGUAACGGGCGUCCAGAGCCGCGCUCCUGGUCUCCUGGCCGGGUGCGUGCCUGCGAGGUCGGUGGUGCCGACACUGGCUCUGCGAGGUCAGCUCAGGGUGGGACUGGACAUUGAGCAGGCCUGUCGGGGCGCCUCACCCACACCUUCCUCUUCUGCCGGGGGUGGCCCGGGAGCCACGCGGCCCCACCGCGCUGUGUGACGCCAAAUGCACAUUAAACUCUCCAGCCACA